GUUCGAGUCGAGACAAAGGCGGAAACUUGACAUCACGGAUGAUACGCACUUUUGUUUCUUUGUUGACCUUUUCUUAUGUGGCGUUCCAGAGAUAUAGUCGGCAUACUCUUCAGUUUGUUUUAAGAUCUAGCUCUGCUUUAUGUUGGUGUUUGUUUUAAUUUGUACAUGGUACAUGAAGAGUUGAGCGCUCGUCUGAACGAUGGCGGGUAUAAGAACUGGCUCAAAGCGGGGUACUGUCUCCUCAAACUGCGGGAGGGGUUGCACCCUUUCACCGAUACUGAGAUGAGAUCCUUCCACGGAAAUCUAGUCACUAAGAACCCGGGUCUGCGGCGGCCAUGUCGGAGCGGGUGCAGACCCAAGGGGAAUCAGGUAGGCAAGUUGAGUAAAAGUUCUCAUUUACAAUUGCGACCUGGCCAAGAUAAAGCAAAUUCAGAGUGGAGGAACGUGAUCCUGAGGCACCACACAAACCCCAGGGGGAUGGUGAAUUGGGGGAAUUGCAGACCCCAACUCUGGAACCAGGACCACUGGGAACUGGCCAAGGCCUACAUGCCGCGGGGUCAAGCAGGGGUUAAAGGGGCGGAGCUGUGUGAUGCGUCCGCACUGCUCAACCUCCUCAACUUCUGCUCCCACUUCAACUACGUGGACCAGCACUGUGUCAGAGAGGUUAUCAGGUGUAGGAACGAGUUGAUGCACUCCUGUGAGAUGCGAGUGUGUGACCAGUGGAUGAGGCGCUACCAGGUCAGCAUACAGCAGCUCCUACAGCAAUUCACACACCUACCAGAAGUGGCAGCAGCCGGACAACAGAUACUAGAGAUGCUGGCUGUUGAUUUGUCGGUGUUAGUUCCUGGUGUGGACCGAGUGGACGGUUCCUUGUUGGAGGGGGUGGAGCCUAUCAGCCAAUGGGAAGCGGACUUGCUGAGAGAGAGGUUGCAGGAACUGCUUACUGACACAGACACACAGGACACUGAGGAGUUGCUGAGACUGAGGGAUUUCCUCCUGGCCAACAGAGACUUGAGUGACCAGUUCUCUUCUGAACUCCAGACCAUCACAUCAAUGGAGACACAGAUGAGGAGAAGGGGGAGGGAAUGAAGUGGAGACACCUGCGUAACCAGUUAACCUACUAACUCAUCAGGGGGCAAGGGAAGAGAGCAGGAGGAGAGCAGAGGUGAGGACUAAACCAGAAGAGAUGGAUGACUCUAGUGCCCAAAUGCCAGUUUUAGCAUGGGCAGCACCAUUGAGGACUUUUACAAUUUUUAAGUAAUCAACAGGGUGGGACUUCCUAUGGGUUAAGGAAGGAUCACAUGAUUCCAUUUGGGUCAUCAGGAGGGAUCAGCCAAUGAAUUAUACCAGUGAGCAAACAUUCCAUAACUGCAGGUGGCAUUAAAUCGGCAACCUUGGCAUUGUACCUGUUCAAAAAAUUCACUGCAGUAGGGCUGGGCUAUAUGGCAAAAAUAUCAUGUCACGGUAUUUAAUGGUUUGAGUAAUAAAUGUUCUGAAUUUGAUUUGAGUAGUGUGUGACCCUCAGGUGACAACACAUACAUUCUAAUUGAUUUCAAUGGGUUCUCUGUUCUGAUUGUUUUAUACUGUUAUAUUAAACUUUCACCCAAAAUAGU